CAGUGAAAACUAAGCAGAUAAGGAUCUAGCACACCGGCAAAUAGCUGCGUUUAAUAAGACAAUUAAAUUUAAUUAAAACGUUUUACAUUUUUAAUAUUAUCGCUGAUUAUAUAUUAUAAUUAUUAAUUAUAUAAUUGUGUAAUCAUAUAAUAUAUUUUAUACUCUUCUGAAUAACGUGCGUUUUCAUUUAUCUUAUCAUCAACAAAACAUAGUUAACACUAUACAUUUGUGUUUCAAGUGCUAAUUUAAUUUUUCUACUAGUAUUUCAACAGCAGCAAUUAGUAAUACCUCUUUAAUUAAAAUAUUUUGAAGAUAAGAAAAUGCGAUGAACCAUAUUAACACUUACAUAUGAAUUGAAUAUACGCGUUAACGCAUUUUAGUUGUGAUUUGUACGUUCAAAUAUGUAUACGCGUAAGGUCGGUCUUAUUGUUCGACAUAAUUUUAAAUCUUGCCUUUGUGUCAGACUCAAAAGCGAUUUACCCACAAAACAACCAGAUAACUAUUAUGACCCGGAUGCUAUUCAUGAGAAUCCAUUGGAGAGGUGUAAGAGGUUUAUCAAAAGGGAUAUAAAUGAGAUGUGGAAAAAAGCUAAUGACCCAUUUGAUCAGUACGAAGAUGAUAAAAUAUUCCCCAAAACGGUUGACAUUUUAAUUGUUGGUGGAGGUGUAAUUGGUUCAUCCAUUGCUUAUUGGCUCCAAAAUAAAUGCAGAGAUGGAUUAACAAUUGCUGUUGUUGAAAAAGAUUUAUCGGUAAACAAAUCAGUUAUGUCUACUCAGGAGUAUGCAAAAGCAUCUUCAGUACUUUCUUGCGGAGGAAUUCGUCAACAGUUUUCACUUAAAGAAAACAUUGAAUUAUCCCAAUUCAGUGCUGAAUUUCUUCGAGAUAUCAAAAAUUACUUGACUAUUCCAGAACAGCAACCACCAGAAAUAAAUUUUAACCCAUCUGGCUAUUUAUUUUUAGCUACAGAAAAUGGUGUGGAUACAAUGUUAAAAAAUCAUCAACUACAAAAGGAAUUAAAUGCUAAUGUCGAGCUUUUAUCAAAAGAUAUGAUGAAAACUAAAUUUCCUUGGUUAAAUGUAGAUGAUAUUGAAUUAGGAAGUCUUGGAACUUUAAAUUCAGGAUGGUUUGAUCCUUGGUCCUUGUUGGAUGCAUUAAGAAAUAAAGCUAAAUCACUUGGGACAUAUUAUGUUGAAGGUGAAGUAGAAGAUUUUGGUUUUAAAGUAGAUACAAGCAUAAUGGUGGAAGAAGAUCCUAAUAAAGAAUAUGAAGGGAUUAAUAGCGUAAAAGUAAAAUUAAAAGAUGGUGAAACACAACAAAUGGUAUUUGGUGUAUGUAUAGUAGCAGCUGGUGCCGAAUCAGGAAAUAUUGCUCGAAUGGCUAAAGUUGGAAAUGGAAAAGGAUUUUUAUCUACACCUUUACCUAUUGAACCUCGUAAACGUUUUGUGUAUUAUUACCACGCACCUAAGGGUCCUUCAAUGUCGCCAAUGGUAAUUGAUCCAUCUGGAACUUAUUUCAGGCCUGACAGUUUUGACAACCAUUAUAUAUGUGGUAAAUCACCCUGUGAUACAGAAGAACCAGAAACAGUCAAUUUAGAUGUAGAUCAUGAUUUUUUUGAAAAGGAAAUUUGGGCAACACUUGCACACAGAGUACCUGCAUUUGAAGAAGCAAAAGUGAAAAGUAGCUGGGCUGGAUUUUAUGAUUAUAAUUGGUAUGAUCAAAAUGCUGUUGUCGGAGCUCAUCCAAGUUAUUUCAACUUAUUUUUUGCUGCUGGUUUCAGUGGACAUGGUAUACAACAAGCACCAGCUAUUGGCCGAGCUGUUAUGGAAAUGAUUACUGAGAGUGGAUAUAACACAAUAGAUCUUUCUAGGUUAGGUUUUGGCCGUCUAAUUGCUGAACAACCAUUAUACGAAAAAAACAUUGUCUAACUGCUUAAAAAAUAAAUUCUAGUAUACUAAUGAUUUGAUUUUUUACUAUUAAAUAGAUCAUUGUUCAGAGAAUAA